AUGGCUACGCGUCCUCGACUGGUAGCACUCAAUAUGAAGCAUCGAAGGCCUCAACACAGUUGGACGCAGGAGGAAAGGCUGCUUCUGUGUUGUGCAAAACGAUUCUUUGAUCUCAGAAACAAAGAUAUCACGAAGAUCUUCAACUAUCUCUAUAACCCAAAGAUUCGUGCGGAGGGCUUCACUAAUGGAUUGCCUACAUCAACGCUCACAACUCAGUGGGCAGAUAUGCAGCGCCGAUCCCAUAAAGAUUGGCACGCGGUUCAUACGAAUGUCAGCUUUGCCCAAGGACCGUUGGUCUUUCAGGAAAUCAUCGAAAAGAUAAGACAUGCUUGCCGUGUCCUUGGAAUUGGUCUUGUGGCAAGGGCAAUAGAUCUCAUUGUGCAUCCUCAACAACCCAUCCAUCGACGCGACUCGACAAACAGCAAUGAAAGGCCUAGGAUGGCUCAUAAUACCAUCUUGCACCCUCCCGUUGUUGAUCAAGACAGAGAACCAACACCAAUGCCACAAACCCAAGCGUCUCGAGCACCCCAAGCUCCAACAGAUACAACGUCGAACAAUCAAGUCUCAACACAAGCAAUAUCACGAAUCAGGUCUUACACAUUGGGUAACAGAAAUGAGCAAGCAGUUCGAUGCGGUCAGGUGCCAAAUAUACUGUGGCGCUUCUCCAAUGACGAGUCAAUGGGGAUCAACCACCGCUCUGGUUACGUUGCCAACACCUUUAUCGGUGACCUUGGCAAUAUCCCAACUCCCGAAGAAAGGGCUCAAGAAUUUCCCACCUGGGUGGAAAUUCAUGCCAGACCAAGAAAAAUCCCAUCGCCGUUCAUAUCGACAUCGACUGAUCCUCUGGUUGCUGUCCAUCGAGCACUCACUCGAGAUAAAAAUGCUUUCGUUUCCAUCAUUGAUGCCACUCAGAUCAAAUCCCAAAACAUAUUCUAUAUGAAAGACUUAAUGCAGCAGUACAACAUUUAUACACCGAGCUAUCGCGGCGCGAAGGAGUAUGUUGUCUGGGGUUCGAUAUGUCGACCGGCCAUUGUUACGUCCGUCAGAGCCGAUGAACUUCUCCAGAUAGCGGAGGAAAAUGCAGACAUUAAAGCAGCACUCCAGCUAGACAUCAUCUCCAGCUCCCCGAAUUGCAAGUCUCAACUUUAUAAUCGGCUGAGAUUAAAGACCUUCGAUAGUGAUCUCGCCGUUGGUCGAACGAUUGGUACGUUCCUUCGUCUUAUCCGGCUACCAAACGACUAUCUAGACGAUGUUGCGAAUUCUCUGAACACCUCAUGGUCGUUCACAACGUCAGGGGAUACUUCAGAAUUUUGCCGUGGAGUCCAUCAAGGUUUCCAGGCAACGCCAGCACCCCCAGAUGAAUUCCUGGAAACAGCGUCUCUCAUUCAGGAUACAGUUAUGCAAGACCACGAUGAAAGUACGUCGGAUAGCAGUAACCACCAAAUCACUCAUGAUAUUGACAUCCGGGAUUACGUUAUAGUCGAUCAUCCCCAGCAGGAGAACGUUGGGACCAGUCAGGCGUUCCAAACAGAAGUUCGCGAGCCGAUGGACAGGCUGAGCAUCCACGACGAUACUGAGGAGCUCACGCAUAAUCAACCUUAUGGAGACGUUCUCUCGUUACCUAUUGCAACAGCGACUGCGGUACGAACGAUAUCACUAUUCAACCCAGACUCCGAAUCACUGAUCAUGGUUCCUAAUACCCAACGAUCUACACCUGUUCUAGAGUCCAUUGAGUCCGCGGAGCCGCUUUUGGCACAAAAGGAAGAAGAGGAAGAGGAAGAGGAAGAGGAAGAUGAAGUCAAACCGCCAAUUGUGUCCAGAACUCUCACGCCUACUCCCAAUAUCUCAUCGGAAGCUGUUCCCAAUACCUCGACUCAGAGCCACGCUCGAGCUCCUAGUGAGAGCAGUGAAUCCACUAUCGGCCCCCAGACCCCAUCAAGCAAUCGAUUUUCAAUGGAGCGCUCGCGUAUCGACCGGGUGCUAAAUUAUGACUGGCAGUCCUUCUGGGACUACCUACAUAAUGUUCCUAACCAGUGA